AUGCAGAGCCUCAUCAAAAUCAACAGGAACGGGAUGAGGAAGGAGGACGAUGAGAUAGUACAGACCGUUUUGAAUGCAGUCAAAGUCAGAAACGAGACUCUAAAAAUUGCCGAUAAACAUCCAGGAGUAUUUUCAUUUCUCGACAGCAAGAAACAAGCCGAAGCGAGCAAGUACAGAAGGAAGAGAAGAAGACUAAAAAGAAGAGAACGACGUCUCCUGAAGGCUCAAAUCGGCCCUUUCGUGGUAGGGACUCGGCGUGGCGACCCGAUUCCCGCUCCUUUAGCUACGCCUCCAGAUUCAAGCCAUACCAGUCCGGUGAUAGACAAGGAAAUAGACGCAUUUUCCCGGCUCAAGCGCCUCACCAAAAGUACCGCAGAGAAAAAUUCGAUAGCCGCGAAGCCCCUGUUUCAUAUGCGGUCACGAAGGUCACUGGAGAGACGAAUGUCCAAACAGGAAAUGGUAAAUAUUACUCAGGUUCAAUUCACGAUCACAUCUCUAUGUGGAAGGCUCUCGAACCUAAUUGCAUUGGUUCUCGAUACCAUUUUGUACGGAUAUACAAUCCCUUUUGAUGAGGCUCCUGAGCCUCCAUCUAGUGUUGAGAAUCGUAAAUCGGCAUUGAAUAAUGCCAAGUUUGUGGAUGAUACUAAUUCAGAAUUAGUGACUAACGGUGCAGUGCAAAUUGUGGCUCGAAGUCAACCAAUGGACCUCAUGAUCCAUCCACUCAGUGUAGCAGAGGGUAAGAAAUUACGACUCGUUCUGGACCUUUCCUAUCUGAACAGAUACGUAACCAAAGAGCACGUCAAAUUUGACGAUUUGGAGAGAGUAAAGCACCUCCUUCCCCCAGGGGGAUAUAUGACAUCUUUCGACCUCAAGAGCGGUUAUCACCAUAUCCGAGUUGCGCAGCGCAGCCAACGUUAUCUGGGCUUUGAAUGGGUUCUUCCCUUUCGGCCUUUCCUCCGCCCCACACAUAUUCACCAAAUUGCUCCGGCCAUUAAUCCACUAAUGGACGGUCUCAUAUGGGGAUGUUCCAGGGAAGAAUGCGAGAGAGUGUCAAAGGACAUUCGAAAAGAUCUAAAAAGUUUUGUAUGGUUUGAAGCAGAAGGGAAGUGCAACUGGCUGCCAGCAGCAGAGACAAAAUGGUUAGGCUUCGUUAUAAAUUUGAAAUCUUAUGAGAUCUCGAUCUCAAUGGAUAGAACUGAAAAAGCUCUAGCUAUACUAAAGCGCAUGCUUUUCGAGAGAGCUCCAUCCUUACAUACCAGGAUGAGAUGGAUGGGCACGUUGGCUUCAUUGAGCAUAGUAAUUUCAGAUUUGAACAAGAGGCAAUCGAGAGCUAUGACAGCAUCGGUGGCAGAGGCACAAUCUCGUGAGUGUUCUCUCAGUUACAGGUGGACGUUGUCCAGCAAAGAAAGGAGGGAGAUAUCUUACUGGAUAGACAGCCUUACAACGGGAAUAUCAGUAUCGCUGUACCCGCCAGCAAAGCCACCCGAACCCAAUUUUAUCAUAGAAGUGGAUGCCUCAGCACACUCGGGGUCGUGCUGGUCAGGUGUGAUAACCAGGCAGCAUGUAGGAUUUGCAAAAGAGCCUACAGGGACAAGCAGAAGACAUCUGGGAGCUGCAGAGCCAUUUAGGGGAGAGCAGAAUAGGCUUGCGGAUAAAGAAAGUAGACAGUUAGAUUUCGACAGCUGGCGAGUAAAUAAAAGAACGACCAAUAAAGUACAAGAGAGGUGGCUACACUGUGAGAUUGACAUGUUUGCAGAUGACAAGAAUACGAUAUGUCAAAGAUUCUUUUCCAGAGCUGGUGCCCACGCACAUCGGGGAUCGACGCUUUUCUCGCAACAUUCCCUAUGGUUAGUGCCUUCUCCUCCUAAUUUGGUGUCCAGAACCUUGUCUUGGGCUCGACAUUUUGGCUCUUUCGGCAUAUUAGGGUGCCCCUACUGGCCAUCACAAGCUUAUUUUCUCAUUUUGAAGCCCGAUGGGAAGAACUGGGCAAAUUUCGUGAGAGACGGAGCCUUUUUCCCCGUCGGUUCCAAGAUAUUCACACCGUGCCCUCACUCCAAUAUAUUCAAUAGUGAGUUUUCGAGGAUAAGAUUCAUGUUCCUUCUCAUAGACUUUCCGAGAGUCUCCUUUCCCACAAAAAGCUAUGACAUUCUAACUGUCCGCCGGCGUUUGAGAUCCACAAAUGCUCUUCUCCGGUGUCGAAAUAGGUCGGUGCAAGAGCGCAGGUUUCUCUAA